AACCCGCACGCUCGGGGGGCUCUGGGAGUCGCCCGAGGCAAAUCCUACCUCAAUAUUUAGACGCCGCCUUUUUGUAGGUACAUAACUUACAUCAUUAGUGGGCAUUAGCGCUCGGCAGAGGACAAAACAUGUUGGUCAGGGCUCAAGUCGCGAAAUUGACCAGAGCCCAUAUCUCGCAUAGGCGGUAUUUUGGGCCUGUAUCUAGUGCCGUCGACUAAGGUUCACCGAUAGAUGUCAUCCGGACUGCGUAGGGCAAAUUCCAACUCUUUUGAAGGCCAGGACAGCCCUCCCAACUGCCAGAGAAGAUGUCAUGAAAAGAUAAGAAACAAUUGCGAGCGCUCUCGGUCCAAGGCGGUUACUCCUGGGCGGGCGCUCUCCUGCGCCGCAGCAAGCGAGCAAGCGACGGAGCCGGCGCCUGGCCUGCACACAGCAUACGUGAGCACACAGCAUACUGCGGUGCCAGGGGCAGGUGGUCCUGGCGCCCGUGUGGCCCUCAGCUGCGGAUGCAUGGCGGGCGACACGGCAGCAUGCGCGUUGCCGUUCCUGCAGCUGCAGCAGCAAUCGCAGCCUGCUGGGAAUGGAGCUCACCAAAGUAGGCUACCAGUCCACAUAAUGCCACCAGGACCUGCUCGCGAUCAUCACAACCGCAAGCUCAGCGUUGCAAGGCUGCCAGCGCAGCCCAGUUUUGACGUCGCCCAAGGGGCGGGCGUGCAGGGGAUUUGUGUGGCAGGAACGCCAGCAACGCAGGCCCAAGGGCUUGGCGCCAUCGCGCCUGUGAGGAAUGCCGACUGCACCAGCAGCGCAACCGCUCAAGAAGAAUGGGCUGCAGUGGAGCCCCUACUAACGGCUAGCCCCCAUGCGGGCAGCACCCAAGCCGCUGUACGGGGUCCAAAGCGACCACAGCUUACUACUGCCGCCAACGACGGGGCAGAUGCAAGUGGCAAUGAUGCAGGUUGUGCGGUCAGCGCGGGCACAGCUGAGACUGAAUGCAGCGCGGACAGCGGGCCAUUGCCCGCGGCCCUUCGGAUGCCACAGCAGUCGAACACCUGCCGCGGCGGGCAUCAACCAGCACAGCAACGUGAACAUGAACUUCGGCGCAAACGCGGCGGGAGCUUAAGAAGUGCCGCCAGCAUCACGCGCGCAGGGAGGACGCACGGCUCACUGGGCUCGCUGCGCCCGUUAGUGCUGCUUCUGCUCGCCGCGGCUGCCUCCUGGCUGCCUCCGCUGCUGUUUCUGGUGCUGGCACCGCAGCCGGCCGCGGCCCUGGACGCGCCGCCCUACUUCUGCACUCCACUGGCGCCUCAGGCAUCCGCGGUAGGCACCACAACCUGCUCGCUGUGUGACUACGGCAAUACCUGCACGUCGCUGCCGGAGUCAUCCCUGGCAGACAUGUUUUACUCGGACGCCCGGCUGUGCACACUGCCGGACGUCAGCGACCUGGUGGAUCUGCCAGUGCGCAAGAUGGGCGCGGGGCAGAUUUGCAGCGGCCUGCAGACGGUGCGCUCGUUCGCACUGGUGAAUGAGUCCGACUCCAGCGGUGCCUCGGUAGGGCGGGUAUACGUGUUUAUGUCGCACAACGGCCGGCUCUACAUCACCUCGCGCUUCUCAUGCGGAGUCAUGUUCGCCACCGAUGACACCUACCUGUCUGAGGCGGGCAGGCAGACGGCAGCGGCAUACGUGUGGCGGGAUGGCGAUGCGGUCACCAACACUGCCUCUUACGUGGACGUCCUAUACGGCACCGGCUACUACAGCUGUUACACCCUGUCGGUGGACCUGAAGAGGGUGUGCGAUGCCAGUCGCCAGGCUCGCUUCAACCCCAGUCCCAACGACCCCACAUUGUCCGACUGCAACUGCCCCAUGGCUGGUGGCGCCUCCCCCACCGCACCGUGUGACCCCGUGGACCUGUCCACUCAGGGUUCCGUGUUCGUGGGCCUCCGGCUCAAACUGGCAUACUAUGGCGGCUCGCCUUUGCCUCCUGACGGGGCCGGCAACUUGACGGACGUCUGCCCGCGGAGCAGCAUCAGCAGCUAUGUGCUCAAGGACGAUACCACAGGCAAUGUGGGCGUUCAGGAGUUCAUCCUGCCGGACUGCAUGUACUCGCCUCCGCCGCCACCGCCGCCGCCGCGGCCACCGCCACCGCCCCCACCGCGGCCGCCGCCGCCACCGCCGAGCCCGCCACCGCCGCCGCCCCUGCCGCCGCCCAACCGCUUCGCCAUCUCGAUUAACAGUCCUGCGCGGCUGCCGUCUGGGCUGUGCCCCUCCCUCAACAACACAUUUAACUACCUGUUGAGUGAUCCAUUCCUGAAGGGAAAGUACCAGGCGCUCAGCACGUGUGCCGUGUCCGACUCCGUGACCGGCCCCGGGUCCUUUGUGCUGCUGGAGCUCUACUUCUACUUCCCUGAGGCCAGCAGCUACUUCGAGCAGGUGCUGGUGGGCAUGGGCAACACCACCACCCCCGGCAGCGGCCAGGGUGUGGGCGGUGGCGCCAACGGCCGCAGCCGGGCGUCUGAGCUGAUCCUGUUCUUCACGCUAAAUGUGGUGUGCGGCACCCGUAUGGUUGUGUCCAGCAGCGGUCUGUCCACGUCCAUCCUGCCCGACAUAAACCCGCCAGGCACCUGGCCCGAGCUGGUAUGCAAGCCGCCCCCGGCGCCCCCGGCUCGGCCUCCCUCACCCCCAUCGCCACCGCCGCCUUCCCCACCCCCUCCGCCUCCGUCUCCGCCCCCACCUCCACCCUCGCCACCGCCGCUGCCUCCACCGAACCCGCCUCCCCUGCCCCCGCAACCCCAACCACCUCAGCCGCUGCCUCCCUCGCCGCCUCCAGCUCCGUACAAGUUUACGGUCAUGUACGGCAACAGCUCGCGGCUGUCGCUCAACACCGCCUGCAACGAGGUCACCUACAUCCUGGAGUUCACAUACAAGACGCUGUUCGCACGCAACUUCUCCGCCGUGACGUGCAGCGCCGCGGCGGGCAGCGACGGGCCGGUGCUGGAGGCCACCAUCCUGUUUGCCGUCUCCAACUCCUCCAGCGACAGCCGAAACAUGGUGUACGUGUUCAACCCGCUCAACGUGGAGGUGUUGGCCCGGCGGCUGCAGCUGCCGUGCGGCUCGCGCUUCCUCAUUCGCAAUGAGCAGGGCCAAAUCAACUUCAUUGACGGCCGCCAAAUCCCCCGCCUCAGCUGCGACGCACCGCCACCACCGCCCACAGCACCGCCGCCAGCGCUGCCGCCUCCAUCCGCACCGCCACCAGGGCUGCCGCCGCCGCCAGAUGCGCCGUCAGGUGAUCAGGCGAGCGCGUUCAGUCCGCCACCACCCAAGAAGGCGCCGCCACGGCCGCCGCCGAAGCGCCCGCCGUCGCCGCUGCCGCCGGUGCUGCCGGAGGGCCUGAUGCCGCCUCCUUCUGAGGAGCUACCGGUGCUGACGCCGCCACGGCCGCCCAGCCCCAAGCCGCCGCGCCCUCCACCCCGGGUGCGACCGCCGCCACCGACAGACGGGGGCACAGAACAGCCUCAGCAGCCGAAUGAGUCGCCACCGCCGCCGCCGCCGCCACCCGAGACGCCUCCCCCACCACGGCCACCCAAGCGCCGCCCGCGACCGCCGAGUCCCAAACCGCCGAGGCCACCGCGCGUGCGGCCUCCGCCGCCCCCGCCUGAAGCACCGCCACCACCCCCGCCUGACGCGCCGCCGCCUGACACCCCACCACCACCGCCGUCGCGUAGCCCGCGCCCACCACGGCCUCCGCCCCCCAUGCCGUCACCUCCGCCUCCGCCCUCUCCACCACCUCGGCCGCCACCCCGUCCGCCGCCGCCUCCAGAUGCCGCACCACCCGAUGACCAAGCGUCAACCUCAGACGCGCCGCCACCAAUGGCACCUCCGCCCUCGCCACCGCCACCGCCCGGACCGCCGCCGCCAUCGCCGAAGCCGCCCCGGCCGCCGCCACCGUCACCGCAACCGCCGCCGGAGCCGGCACCGCCAGGGGCACCGGCUAUCAGCCCCUCACCCCCGCCACCGCCACCACCAAACCCGCCCCUGCCGCCGCCUCCGCCUCCAAGGCCGCCACGUCCACCACUCCCGCCCAUCCCCAGCAAUGACACCAGCGCGGGCCGCCUGCUACGGAUGUCAGUCACCACCAGCCGCACCGAUGCCUUCGGACCCAACGACUGCAGGAGCUUCAUCCUGAUCGCUCAGCAGAGCCUGGGCGGCCGCCCGCUCGUCAGUGGCUUCAACUGCACUGUGGCCAACCCAGCCACCUCGGGCGCGGCCCUCACCGGCCUGUUCGAGCAGGUGGCUGACGCCGUGUCGUACUUCGACACGAUCGCAACCACCUCAACCGCCUCCACGCUGCGCGCCGCGCUGGGGCUGCCCUGCGGCGUCAGCUCGGUGCUGUUCUCAGUGAACGCGCCCGGGGUGCUGCCGCGGCUAUAUAACGCGGCAAACACGGCGAACCUGAGGUGUGACGUGGCAGCGCGCAAGACCGCCGCACCUGCGCUGCCGCCGUUGCCUCCCGACUGGCAGCAUUAAGCAGUCGGCUUUCCCAGGCAAUAGGCCGCGGGGAGAUGCCGCAUUGUGGUGGUGUGCCUGGGUGGCCGUAAGCGACGGGAGCAAGCAGACAAAGCAGGGCACACGAGGGGCGGCUGAAUAGUCCGCUGCCGGUUGCGCCCGGCGCGCAUUCCAACGGCUGAGUUUGACUCGCUGCCUGUUUGCGAUCAACAGGCUUUUAUAUUGGUGGCAUUAGUGUGGACGUGUGCUGAAAAUGCCGUGUCCGGAGAGCUGGAUUGGUAGCACGCUGAAGGGAAGGACACGUUGACCAGGUUGCGCACGUAUAUACCAGUGCCCCAGUCGGCCAUGAGGUGCAGCCGCUUACAAGGGGGGUACAUGGCAUUCCAAUGACAUAUGCAUUAGUGUUACCGCAACACCUUAUGCCCUGCGUUCUGGUUCCUGACCUUUGAUCGAGAGGCGUCGCGAGACGUGCAGCCGAAAGGGUUGUAUUACCGGCGUGCCUGGCUGCGGCACGUUUGACCGAACACAGUGUGAUAACAUAAGGAUGCCACGUAUGCAUGCCUGAGCGCUUGACUGCCGUUCCAUACGUUACUUGCUGGAUAUGACUUGACGUUGUGUGUGUGGAAGUACUGGCACAGGUAUUGAGGAGCUGCGGCGGGGCUGGGCGGGGCCUUGCGGUUGCGGUUGCGGUUGCGUGGCCUUGCGGCUGCUCUUAAGCGCUCUGCAUUUUUCAAACUCCUAUGGCUCUUAUAGAUAUGCUUUGUGGCAUAUGGACAAGGGGUGUCAGCUUUGUACAGCUGGAAAAUGGGCUGAGCCCCCGUACGCUUGGGAGCUGAUAGGCGUGUAACGCCCCGUCAGA